AUGCCAUAUGGGUUUAAAACAACCAUCUUGAGGGAAUCGCGGGAAUUCACUCGAUUUGGCGAGAGUUCUCAGUUCUUGGCAAAGUGUCCAUUUUAUUCGAUUAUUACAAUGGCGAAUACUCUCAAACCAUAUCUUGACUGCAUUCGCACGACUCUUCGUGCCACUCUAGUCCUGCAAAAUUUCCCAUCCGAAGCGGUUGAGAGGCACAACAAACCUGAAGUCGAGUAUCCCUCAUCCAAGAAAUCUACAAUGAAGCCCAUUCUCAUAUGCCGAAACGACCGUGAGAAGUGCUUUAUUGAGCCGUCUAUUAAUUCUCUGCGCAUCAGCAUCAAGAUUAAGCAAGCCGAUGAAAUGGAAGUGGUUCUGUGCAGGAACUUCGCCCGCUUCCUGAUGCAGCGAUCGGAGCAAUUCACUGUCCUUCGUAGAAAACCUGUGUCUGGUUACGACAUCAGCUUCCUGAUCACCUUCUCGAUCCUCGAAGAUUACGAGCGGAAUUGAUUCAGAGAUCAGCGCAAUGAAGAUCGGCAUCAACUCCAGAGCGCGUAGUGUCGCUUCUCAGUACAUGAGAAGUUUUCUGUGUU